UACGCACGCUUGUGGCAUUGUAAUGUCCUUCUUACAUUUCAUUCUAGGUUUCCUCUCCACAUAGUCAGCAGCGAAGAGCAUAUAUCAACAUGAAUUCAUUAUCUUCUUCUUUUUCUCUAUCUCUCCAAUCCAUCAAUAGAUGUAGCUGUGUUCGAAAAGGUGAAGACAUUAACGCUCCUCAAUGGAUUGAUUUCUCCAAUCAUGAUCCUCCUGUUUAUGAUGAAGCUUGGGGCAUUCACAAACGCCGUUGAAUUUUAGGGUUUUCUUUCUAGGGUUCCUUUCUUCUUUCUUUUCUUUUCCAGGUUUCUUGUUGCAUUGAGUGAUGUCGACGGCAACGUCCAAUCGGAAAGCUUCUGUAACGACGUCGUCACUUGCAAAGCGGCAGGUGUCGGAGAAUGUCGUCGGCAAAUCAAUGGCUUUGCCGCCUCACUUGGCCAAGAAACGUCCUGCUCUCGCUAACGUCACGAAUCAAAGACCCACCUCUCAUAACAUCUCAAAAAGCGCAUCUAAUUUGACUCAAAACAAACAGCUAAAGAAUGAUGCACUCAUAUUGUAUGGUUACUUGAUCCCAAUCUCCCUUUACGUCUCCAUUGAAGUAGUGAAGUUCUUACAAGCAAUGCUCAUAAACAAUGACCUCCAACUGUUCGAUCAAAUGUCUGGGAAAUCAGUUGAAGCCCGGACUUCAAAUUUGAAUGAGGAACUUGGUCAGGUUGAGAUGAUUUUGUUUGAUAAGACCGGGACUUUAACUUGUAACCAAAUGGAGUUCAAGAAGUGCUCCAUUGAAGGAAUUUCUUAUGGUGUUGAUGUAAAUGCAAUUGUUCAUGCUACUUCUCACAGAAUGAAUAUUAAUAUCGAUAGCUAUCGUUUCAAUCUAGAUGGUGAGGAUUUUGAGCCUCGUGAUAGUAUUGAGAUGCAUGAAAUUUGUCCCGAUCAAGAUAACGAAGUAAAGAAAAGUGCUGUAGCUGUUGAUGACAAGUUACAAGAUGGGGUUGCAGAAUGCAUAGAUAAACUCGCACAAGCUGGACUCAAGAUAUGGCUCCUUACUGGAGACAAAAAGGAGACUGCAGUUAAUAUUGGAUUCGCUUGUAGUUUGCUUAGGCAUGAUAUGAAGCAGUUUCAUCUGAGUUUGAGCAGGGAUUCUGAAUGA